GCGGCGAAGCCGAGUCAAUGGGCGGCGACGUCGUGUCCAGUUUGCAGCACUUCGUCCCGCGCUUGCGGCGAGCGCUCAAUGACUCGCGUCGGCUUUUCUCAACUGGGUCGAAGAACGAGGGUUUGCCCUGUCCGAGGGAGACCGCCAUGGCGGCCGCCAUCCUCGUGAGCUUCAGCGGCUUCCUUCGCCCAGUGGAAGCCAUGCUGCAGGCGAGCCAGCUCACGUCGGACUUCGACCGCGGUUUGGUGCACAUCAACUUCGGCUUCACCAAGGGCGGCAAGCGCGCUGGAGUUGCCGAGCACGUUGCCAUAGACGAGCUCGAGGCUGCGGUACUCUUUGCUCGAGUGAUGGGUAGCGAGCCAG